GCUCGCUGCGGUGCGGUGCUGCGGCUGCUGCUCGCGGGGGGGCUGCGGGGUGACCUUGGUUGCAGGACCCCGGGUAGCGCCCAUCGCGGGGCGGGCUGCGUGCUUUUGCUCAGGAGCCGUCACUGCUCAAGGUGAUGCUUUCCUUGCAGGGUGACCGCCCCGGUGCAGAGCUCGGUUUUGGGGGCCCCUUUGCAUGCCGGCUGGAGGCACCCCAUGGUCCAAGUGUUCUGGGGACGUAUCCUGCACCCUGCAGGCUGUGCUGCGGCUUGGCAGAGCUGGGAGCUGGGAUGAGAGCAGCUCCAUCAGCAGCGGCCUCAGCGAUGCCUCUGACAACCUCAGCUCGGAGGAGUUCAACGCCAGCUCCUCGCUCAACUCGCUGCCCUCCACCCCCACGGCCUCGCGCAGGAACUCGGCCAUAGCGCUGCGCACCGACUCGGAGAAGCGCUCGCUGGCUGAGAGUGGGUUGAGCUGGUACGGCGAGGCAGACGACAAGGCUCCCAAGAAGCUGGACUACGACAGCAGCAGCCUCAAGAUGGAGCACGGCUCCUCCAAGUGGCGGCGGGAGCCUGCGGAGAGCUGUGAGGAGGGCACCAAGGGCGGCGAGCUGAAGAAGCCGGUCAGCCUGGGCACCCCCGGCUCCCUCAAGAAGGGCAAAACCCCCCCGGUGGCAGUGACAUCUCCCAUCACCCACACGGCCCAGAGCACCCUCAAAGUGGCAGGCAAACCCGAGACCAAAGCCACCGACAAGAGCAAGCUGUCGGUGAAGAACACGGGGCUGCAGCGCUCCUCCUCUGACGCUGGCCGCGAUCGCGUCGGCGAUGCCAAGAAGCCACCCUCGGGCCUCACGCGCCCCUCGGCCUCCAGCUCCUUCGGCUACAAGAAACCGGCCCCAGCCACCGGCACCGCCACCGUCAUGCAAGCCGGGGGCUCGGCAACGCUCGGCAAGAUCCAGAAGAGCUCCGGUAUCCCCGUCAAGCCGGUCAGCGGGAGGAAAACAAGCCUGGAUGUCUCCAACACGGCCGAGCCUGGCUUCCUGGCCCCGGGGGCUCGCACCAACAUCCAGUACCGCAGCCUGCCCCGGCCGGCCAAGUCCAGCUCCAUGAGCGUGACUGGCGGCCGCGGCGCUAACCGGCCCGUCAGCAGCAGCAUCGAUCCCAGCCUGCUCAGCACCAAGCAGGCCAGCAUCACGGUGUCGCGGCUCAAGGAGCCGUCCAAGAUCGGUGCUGGCCGUGGCACGCCAGCCCCCGUGAACCAGACGGACCGGGAGAAGGAGAAGGCCAAGGCCAAAGCCGUAGCGCUGGACUCCGAGUGCGUGACGCUGAAGAGCAUCGGCUCUCCCGAGAGCACCCCCAAAGCCCAGGCCAACCUCCCGCCGGCGGCCAAGGUGGCCGAGCUGCCCCCCACUCCCCUCAGAGCGGCUCCCAAAACCUACGCGAAGCCUCCCUCAUUGGCCAACUUGGAUAAGGUCAACUCCAACAGCCUGGACUUGCCCUCCUCCAGUGAGCUGCACCCCCCGCACACUGCCAAGCUCCAGGACCUGCACCCAGCUGGCGGGCACCUGACACCCUGCUUCAGCCCCAGUCCUGCCCCCAUCCUCAACAUCAACUCGGCCAGCUUCUCCCAGGGCCUGGAGCUCAUGGGCGGCUUCAGUGUCCCCAAGGAGGGCAGGAUGUACCCCAAGCUCUCCGGCCUGCAUCGCAGCAUGGAGUCCCUGCAGAUGCCCAUGAGCCUGCCCAGUGCCUUUUCGGGGGGCAGCACUGCCGCCCCCAGCCCUGCUGCUGUCCCCCCUGCCAGCACGGAGGAGGAGGAGGAGGCGGGUGAGCUGGGCUGGAGCGGCAGCCCCCGGCUUGCACACCUGGACAGCACCAACCGCGACAGGAACACGCUGCCCAAGAAGGGGCUGAGGUACCAGCUCCACUCCCAGGAGGAGGCCAAGGAGCGCCGCCACUCGCACACCAUCGGCGGGCUGCCCGAAGCGGACGACCAGCAGGAGCUGCCCUCGCCCCCCGCCCUCCCCAUGGCGCUGGUUGGGAAGGGUCCGCUCACGAGCAUCGUGAGCCCCACUGCCGCCACCACCCCGCGGAUCACCCGCUCCAACAGCAUCCCCACCCACGACUCCACCUUUGAGCUGUACAGCACCUCCCAGAUGGGCAGCACCCUCUCCCUGGCAGACAAACCCAAGGGCAUGAUCCGCUCGGGCUCCUUCCGGGACCCUGUGGAUGACGUUCAUGGAUCGGUGCUGUCCCUGGCCUCCAGCGCGUCCUCCACCUACUCCUCCGCUGAGGAGAAGAUGCAGUCCGAGCAAAUCCGUAAGCUGCGUCGUGAGCUGGAGUCCUCGCAGGAGAAGGUGGCCACGCUGACGUCCCAGCUGUCCGCUAACGCCAACCUGGUGGCAGCUUUUGAGCAGAGCCUGGUGAGCAUGACGUCCCGCCUGCGGCACCUGGCUGAGACCGCCGAGGAGAAGGACACGGAGCUGCUGGACCUGCGGGAAACCAUCGAUUUCCUGAAGAAGAAGAACUCGGAGGCCCAAGCUGUGAUCCAGGGUGCCCUGAAUGGCACUGACGUAGCGCCCAAAGAGCUGCGCAUCAAGCGGCAGAACUCCUCCGACAGCAUCUCCAGCCUCAACAGCAUCACCAGCCACUCCAGCAUCGGCAGCAGCAAGGACGCCGACGCCAAGAAGAAGAAGAAGAAGAGCUGGCUGCGUAGCUCCUUCAACAAAGCCUUCAGCAUCAAGAAGGGGCCCAAAUCGGCCUCGUCCUACUCGGACAUUGAGGAGAUCGCCACGCCGGACUCGUCGGCCCCAUCCUCCCCCAAGCUCCAGCACAGCUCCACCGAGACCGCCUCGCCCUCCAUCAAAUCCUCCACCUCCUCCUCCGUGGGCAUCGACACAGCUGAGCUCUUCCAGGCGCACAGCGAGGGCGAGCCCGAGAAGAAGGAGGUGUCGGAGCUGCGCUCGGAGCUGUGGGAGAAGGAGAUGAAGCUGACGGACAUCCGCCUGGAGGCCCUCAACUCGGCCCACCAGCUGGAGCAGCUGCGGGAGACCAUGCACAACAUGCAGCUGGAGGUGGAUCUCCUGAAGGCGGAGAACGAUCGGCUCAAAGUGGCUCCGGGGCCCUCGGUGGUGCCAGGAUCCAUUCCCGGCCACGUCACCAGCACGUCGGCCUCCUCGUCGCCGCGGCGCUCGCUGGGGCUCGCCCUGGGCCAUGCCUUCAGCCCCAGCCUGGGGGAUGCUGACGUGUCUCCCAUGGACGCGGUCAGUGCUGGCACCCAGAAGGAUGAGCUGAUGCUGAGGAUUGUGGUGCGCAUGCCACCCCAGCACAUCAUCAAGGGGGACCUCAAGCAACAAGAGUUUUUCCUGGGCUGGACCAAGGUGAGCGGGAAGGUGGAUUGGAAGAUGCUGGAUGAGGCUGUCUGCCAGGUCUUCAAGGAUUACAUCACCAAGAUGGAUCCUGCCUCCACGCUGGGGCUCAGCACCGAGUCUGUUUAUGGCUACAGCAUCAGCCACAUCAAGCGGGUCCUGGACACGGAGCCGCCGGAGCUGCCGCUGUGCCGCCGGGGCAUGAGCAGCAUCGUGGUGACGCUCAAAGGCUUGAAGGAGAAGUGCGUGGACAGCUUGGUGUUUGAGACGCUCAUCCCCAAGCCCAUGAUGCAGCAUUACAUCAGCCUCCUGCUGAAGCACCGGCGGCUCAUCCUCUCGGGGCCCAGCGGCACCGGCAAGACGUACCUGACCAACCGCCUGGCCGAGUACCUGGUGGAACGCUCGGGCCGUGACGUCACCGAGGGCAUCGUCAGCACCUUCAACAUGCACCAGCAGUCCUGCAAGGACCUGCAGCUGUACCUCUCCAACCUGGCCAACCAGAUCGACCGGGAGACGGGCACGGCGGACGUGCCGCUCGUGAUCCUCCUGGACGACCUCAGCGAGGCGGGCUCCAUCAGCGAGCUCGUUAACGGCGCGCUCACCUGCAAGUACCACAAAUGCCCCUACAUCAUCGGGACCACCAACCAGCCUGUGAAGAUGACCCCGAACCAUGGUCUCCAUCUCAGCUUCAGGAUGCUGACCUUCUCCAACAACGUGGAGCCAGCCAAUGGCUUCCUGGUGCGCUACCUGCGGCGGAAGCUGCUGGAGUCGGACACAGACGUCAAUGCCAACAAGGAGGAGCUGCUGCGCGUGCUGGACUGGGUGCCCAAGCUGUGGUACCACUUGCACACCUUUCUGGAGAAACACAGCACCUCCGACUUCCUCAUCGGUCCCUGCUUCUUCCUGUCCUGCCCCAUCGGAAUUGAGGAUUUCAGGACCUGGUUCAUUGACCUGUGGAAUAACUCCAUCAUCCCUUACCUGCAGGAGGGGGCGAAAGAUGGGCUCAAGGUCCACGGGCAGAAGGCGGCCUGGGAGGACCCCGUGGAGUGGGUGCGGGACACCCUGCCCUGGCCAUCAGCGCAGCAAGACCAGUCCAAGCUGUACCACCUGCCCCCGCCCACCAUCGGCCCCCACAGCACUGUCUCCCCCCCCGAGGAGCGCACCGUCAAAGACACGACGCCCAGCUCCCUGGACGCGGACCCCCUGAUGGCCAUGCUGCUGAAGCUCCAGGAAGCCGCCAACUACAUCGAGUCUCCGGACCGUGAGACCAUGGUGGAUCCCGACCUGCAAUCGACUCUGUGAGGCGCGGACAUGCCGGCCCAGGUGCAGGGGGUGGCCACUGGGCUGCCCUCCUCCUCCUCCUCCUCCUCCUCCUCCUCCUCCUCUGGUAGCCUGGAGCGCGGGGCUGGGGCUGGCGAGUGAGCAGCGAGGACCGGGGCCCCGCGCGUCUCCACGCAGUGUGGGGAAGCUCGGCUCGGCCAUGGGAGAGCACAAGGCUCCGUUUCCCCUCCCCUCUUCGGGGGUAGGAGAAGCCUGGUUUCUCUUCUUGAUUUUUCUGUCUUUAUUGCAAACUUUUGGGUUUUGGGGCUGGGGGACCACUGCGGGCAAGCCCCUGCUCCAGGGAGCUGCAGGAAGGCCCCUGCGUGGGGCAGGGACCCCGCGGGAGCCCCCUGGGCCAGAGCUGGGGUGCAGAAGGAGCGUGUGGCCGUGUCUGUCUGUCCGGCACCAUGCUCCCACUGCUCUCUUCGUACGUUCCUCAUUUAACCUGCAUGGCAGCCGCUGAGCCUAGGACAACCCAAUAAACCCCGCUUUGGUUAUUUUAUUAUUCCCCCCCCCGCCCCCUCCCCUCCUUUCUUUUGACCGAGUCCAGACUUCGCUUUGGUCCCUUUUUUUUGUUCUGGGUCUUCGCUUUCCUGGGCUGGAGCCCAUGCGCUGGUGCCCAUUGCUUCCCCCCCACCCCCCUGCGAGCAGCUCCACUUCCUUUCCAUUUUUUUUUGCAGCUGUUGGUUCCACCACUCUCUCUCCUUCCGUCACACAACUGGUGCUCACUGGACAACUUCCAGUUUCCAAAUCCGCCUCCUGUAGCCUCGCAUCUUGGCUGGGAUGGGUCUGGGCAGCUGGUGGCAGUGGGGUGCACCCGGAGCGCCCCUUUGCCUGGCAGCCCCCUCCCCAAAAGCACAAGGCAGAGUCCAGCCUUGGGCCAGGGGCUGCCAUCAGGCACAAUUUGCUCCCUGUCCCCUCAGGGAUGCAGGGCCAUGCCUGGGAUUGUCCCCAUGCCUCUGGCUCACCACUGCCCCAUGGGGUUUUGUGACCCCCCCAGGCCUACUCCGCACCCUCCAGCUGCACACUGCCCGCUCAGCAUGGGCUCUCUGUACCCACACUGGUGCUCUGGGGACAUCCAGCUGGGGCCACGCAUCCCCUUGGCCCUAUGGUGCAAUGUCACAGGCGCUGCUCCCUGCACUGCCUUAAUCCCUGUGGGUAGGGGGCACGCAGGGCCGGGAGUGGGGGGGGACACGGUCAUGACCCAUCCUGCUGCAGUAUUGACUCACUGCCCCCAAGGCCAGCUGGGCUGGGACCAUGGUGCUGGUGCUUCCUUGAGCACUGCCCCAUUGGGGCCGCUGCCUUUGGUCCCCUCCGUGCCCUGCAGCGGGCACAGCACCUUUAGGGGAGCGGUUCCUCGGGGCUGCUCUGCCCCCCGCUGCCUUCAGGGACCCCCCCCAUCUCCCCGGGGCUCUGCCUGCCCCCCGCUGCCCUCGGUGCUCUCCUGCCCGCGCAGCCCUCCCGCGGCGCGCGCCCCAUGGUGCUCACUUCUCCGUCUGUCCCACAGCCCCCCCGCCGCCAGCCCCUCCGCACAGGGCUGUCCCUCCCCACGCUGGCUUGGACGCUAGGGCUUUCCGUUUGCCUUCUCUUGUGUUGUCAGCUGAGGACUCGCUGUAAAUAGAUCCGUAGUCGAACGCCCUGCGUGAGUUGGCGGGGCCCGGCCCUGCGCGUCUUUCUCCUUUUUUUGUACUCUGUGAUAACUGUGCUGUGCUGACUUCUUUUCUGAUUGUACCAGACGCCGGCUCAGCAGCCGCUCGAGGCCGGGGACCCGCACUCCCCUCCCUCCCCUCUCGCCCUCCUCGGGGCCACGUGCCCUGAGGACGGGGCACACAGCACCUUUGGGUGCCUCGAAGAGCCCCACAGCGCCCAGCGUUGACGCAGCCUCGUGCUGGGAUUUCAUCCCUGGCACCUCCACGGAGCCACCAAAAUACCCAACAAACCCUUGUGGGGCCACGCACCGCAGUGUCCCCUGGGUUCACCCCAUAAGCUGCCGGUGCGUACACCCCACAGACCCCCAACCCCUGCGGGAUGAACAGCGCCUACAGCCGAGCCCUGAGCACUGUGGGUGCGGGCUCCCAGUGGGGCCCCCUCUGAAGGGAACCGGUGCUGGUGGCUCCUCUUGGUGUCCCCAAGCAUUGUGGCAUCCAUUGGGGGGGGGCUGGGGAACCUCGUGUCACACGGGGUGCCCACCCCCAUGGGUCCAACCAUUGCACUGCGCCUCCCCAGGGCUGCCUGCCGCCCCACAGGUGCCUGUUGUCCCUAUGGGGAUGCUGUGCUAAGGCUGCCUGCUGUCCCCAGGGUGCUGUCACCCAAAGGUGCCAGGAGCUCCUUGGAGCGCCAGGAGCCCCCUGGGGGGCCACCCCCCCACCCUCGAGCUGCUGCUGCCCGGUGGCCUGAACCUUACAAUUUUAGCUUUUUUCUAUUAAAGAACAAACGAACCUUUUUUUAAUUAAAUAAAAGACGAAAAUGGACAAAUUCCUGUUUUAGAUGAUCUGUGUAACUGACUGGGUUUUGUGUUUCUUAACUGCAUGGUGUUCCUGCCGAGGGGUUUUAUAGCACUUUUUAAAUUUCUCUUUAAGAUUUUGGUCCGGAUUUCUACUGCUCUCUCGCCUGUCUGUCUUUGCUUUUUCCUCGCCUCCAAGUUUGUAAACUCGCUCCGUUUUAUACCUGAUGUCGAAACCCGACCCCACGUUGUACAUAGCUGCGGGAACAAUCAGAGGGAACAAACAAACACCGCCUGGACUCUUGCCACCAUUCCUCGUUUUUACUUCAAGAAAGUACAGAAGGAAGCCAGGAAAAGGCUUGAGGGUCAUCCCGAAGGACAGCAACCAACCCAGCCCUGCACCAAGUCAGCUCCUGCUGCCCACGCCGCCCGCACCACCCGGCAUGUCUCUCUCGGUCGUCUGUCUCACACCAUUGGAUUCAAUAAAGUUAUCUCCUGUACUGCC